CAAAAAUGACAAAAAUGACAAAAAUGACAAAAAUGACAAAAAUGACAAAAAUGACAAAAAUGACAAAAAUGACAAAAUUGACAAAAAUGACAAAAAGACAAAAAUUACAAAAAAAGUAUCAUCGAUCGAAUUACGGAAAUGUCAAAUAGAGUAAUGCCAGUUGUAAAAUGCUGAAAUAUUUUGUUUUCGAAAGUUUUGCCUUUGAGUGCCUACAGCUGGUUUAAGAAAUCGGGGUAAACCCACUUUUUGCUAUAAUUCAGUGAGCUCAGCCGUAAAUUCCAUCAUUUGUUAGGUUGUUUUAAUCAAAAAAUAAUGAACAUUCAGGGAAAAAAACGUUAAAGAUGUUGGGUUUCUCUGAGUUUCUCAGUUGCUAUUUUUGAUUCUGAUAAGAACAUUUUGGAUUCCAAAUGUCUCGAUUGAACGAGUAUAUGUCACCAACAACAUUCGUGAUGAUUUAGUUGGAUUCAAACAGCAAGACAGUAAACAACUUGAAGCUGUUUUUUUUUUCAAGAUGAUCAUAACAAUUUUAUUGCUCAUUUCUGUAAGCUCUUCUCUUGCUACCGAUUUUACCAUCUUUCUUGAAGAGGUAACUUGGUUCAAAGCGCGCGAAAUUUGUGCCAAAAAUAAUCAGAGGCUUGUUUCGAUAGAGUCUUUGGAGAAGCAAAACGAGGUUGUGGCGUUCUUGGCAAGAAAUGUUAGGCAAGCCAGGAUCAGUCUUUGGAUCGGAGCAACCGAUUUCGGCCAAGAAGGACAGUUCAGGUGGAUCAACAGUGGCCGUCCGAUGGACUAUACCAGAUGGGCGAAAGGCGAACCUAAUCAGAUGCUUGGCUGGGAGCGGUGUGUCGAAAUAGUGUACGAUUAUUACACAAAGUGGAACUAUCAAUGGAAUGACAUGAGCUGCGAAAGACCGCGUAAUGUUCUGUGUGAAACCGUCAUUGAAUGCGUUUGUCCCAAAUCCGUAUGAUGUUAAUAAGCCAUAGCAAGACCUAUCUCAGAAAUAUAGAUACAUAUAUUGAAUUUUUUUAUUUACAAAUAAUUUGAAUAUAUUUAUAUAAAACAAGAAAAAAUAGAUAUUAGAAAAAAAAAUAACAGGAAUUACAAAAAUAAUCAAAAUUACAAAAACUGCAAAAAUUACAAAAAUUACGAACGUUACACAAAUUAUUUAAAUUAGAAGUUCUCUGAUGUUUC